GUCAACUUUAAAGUGACUGAUUCAGCUCUCUAACUCUCCUUGCCCCACCCCAGGUCAGCCCCUUCAUCAAUGAGAACACCAGGCGCAAGUUCCUCAUCUACAGUGGCAGCAAUUACCAGGGCCCUGGGGGCCUGGUGGACUACCUGGACAAGGAUGUGAUCCCUGACUUCCUGGGAGGAGAGAGUGUGUGUAAUGUUCCAGAAGGAGGCCUGGUCCCCAAGUCCCUGUAUCUGACUGAAGAGGAGCAGGAGCAGGCUGACCAGCUACGGCAGUGGAGUGAGACCUACCAUGCAGCCAGCAUGUUCCGCGGGACCCCCCAUGAGGUUGCCAUGGAAAUUCCAGAACGGGGGUCAGUCAUCACCUGGGACUUUGACAUCCUCCGAGGAGAUGUGGUGUUCAGUCUGUAUCAUGUAAAGCAGGCCCCCAAGCUCGGUCCCCAGGAGCCUGGGGUUAGAGCCAGUGGGCAGCUAAUCGACAAGAGCUGGGUCCUUGGGACAGAUUACAGCUGUGUAGAGGCACCCCUCAUCUGCCGGGAAGGUCAGAGCAUUCAGGGUUCCCACGUGACUCAGUGGCCUGGCAUCUACCUGCUCCAGUGGCAGAUUCACAGUCCCUCUGAGAGUGUGGCCUGCAGCCUCCCCGGUGUGGAUGAUGUCCUGACAGCUCUGCACAGUCCUGGCCCCAAGUGUAAGCUCCUGUACUACUGUGAAGUGCUGGCAUCUGAAGACUUUAGGGGCUCCAUGUCCAGCCUGGAAUCCUGCACCAGCCGCUUCUCUCAGCUCAGUGCCACCACCUCUUACUCCUCCUCUGGACAGUCCCACAGUGGCUCAGUGGUGUCCAGAUAGCUGACCAGGAACCUGCUGGCAGCCCGAGUGCUUCUGGUAUCAGGCAGUGUCCAGGAUGAGAAGAGGGCCAGUCCAGACCUCUGGGACCAUGGUAGAUAUAGAUGAUGACACAGCUGGGGUGUUGGGACCCCAUAGCAGAGAUCCAGCUCUCUGCCUGUGUGCAGAAGGAGUCUUACUUCACUGCCCUUGAGGGGACAAGGACAGACCCUAUUCUUUUGAAUUUCUUUUAAAAGCUGAGACCUCAUGGAUGCUCCAUCUCUUAUGUCCAGGAUCUGGAGUCUAGGGCUGGGUCCCAACUCACCAUUGACGGUGCUUUGAAUAAGUUGGCCCUUUCCUCAGGGUGGCCUUUUCUACCAAGGGAUCAUCACUGUUCAGUGCCUCACAGGAGAGUACAGAAGGGAACUUCCUCUGUAAUAUGCUUUAUAUUGUAAUAAGCAAAACACUGUUUC